AUGCGAUGUUAUUUCAUGAUCAUUUCCACUACAGCUGUAUGCGAGUUGUUGGACAAUAAAUUGAGAAAUACCAGCCUAAGCCAAGAUGCACACUUCCGGAAAGACGACACGUUGCAUAGCGCCCUGCCAUUCAUACAGAGACUGAACCAGGGUUGCCAGCGCAAAUGGAAAAUCCACAGGUGUUGGGUUUUCCACUAUGGGAGGUAUAAAGUUCUUGCUCUCAGACAGAGUGACACACACCGCCCAGAGAGUAACUCAGACAUAAUGGCCCAGAUUAGAGGUGGAGCUCCCACACUUGUGCUGCUUCUGAUAGUCAGCUUGUUCUGUCAAGACACUGCUGCUUGGGGAUGUUGCAGGCGAUAUUCCAAAGGACAGCUCCCUGCUAAUUUAAUCCGAGGAUAUUCAAUCCAGGACAUCAAUGCAAACUGCAACAUCAAUGCUGUCAUUUUUUACACGUAUGGACACAGAAGAGUGUGUGCUGAUCCUUCUCAGCCCUGGGUGAGAGACAGCAUCCAGAAUCUGAUGAACAAAGUGUUGGCUCUAAAGAAGCAAAGAAAACAGCAGUGAAGAGAGAGAAGCUAAUAUUUUACUAAGCAUUUAUGUAUAAUAUUUAUAUAUAAUAUAGAUUUUCCAUUGACAUAGUAUCAUUCUUUAUGAAGAAGCUGUUAUGAUUUAUGCAAUAUGCAUAAGCACUAUGUAUUUUUUGUAUGUACAUCUUAUUCAGUACAUUAAACCUGAAUUUGUUUUAAAAUUA